CUUUUAGCAGCUCAGAUUUAAAAUACAAGAUACUUUUCAUUUGAAACAAAAGUUGGAUAUUAAUUUUAAACAAUAAUGAUUACUAAUUUUCAUGCUUUUUUCAAUGAACAAUGGAUACAAAUUUAAAUGUGAUUAAUUUAUCUUCUCAAACAUUAGAAAAAGCAUUUUUAGAAUUAAAUGAACAACCAAAUCAACGACAAAAUGAUAUUGAUGAAUUAAGACAUCGUAUUCAAUUACAAAAUUUACAAGGAUGUCUUGCUGAUGAUUUUCUGUUACGUUUUCUACGUGCUAAAAAAUUUAAUCAUGAUAAUGCUUUAAGAUUAUAUUUAAAUUAUUAUAUUUUACGAUUACGUUAUCCUGAUGUAUUCAAUGAUUUAAGACCAUCAUUAGUGGAACAUGUAUUUCGUAGUGGUGUUGUAUGUCGAUUGCCACAACCAGAUGCCGAAGGUAGAGCAUUGAUUUAUUUUAGACCAGGUUCAUGGAAUCCUACGGAAUGGUCAACAAAUGAUAUAUUUCGUGCAAAUGUACUUGUAAUUGAAGAAUUGUUAUUGUGUUGGCCAGCAGUACAAAUUCAUGGAGUAAUUAUUCUAGUAGAUCUUUCAAAUUUUUCAUGGAGACAUGCAAUUAAUUUAAUGUCACCAUGGUUUUUAAAUCGUGCAGUACAUUUUCUACAAGGUUCAAGUCCUGUACGAGUUAAAGCUGUUCAUAUAUUCAAUAGUCCAUAUAUGUUUGCUAAAAUCUAUUCUACAUUAAUGCCUUUAUUAAAACCAAAAAAUCAAUCACGUGUUAUUAUACAUAAUAAAUCAUUAGAAAGUCUUCAUGCUGCAAUUCCUCCACAUCUACUACCAUGUAAUUGUGAUUUGGAUGGUACUGGGCCGCCUAUUCCAUCUGAUGAAUAUAUCAAUGGUUUAUUGAAUUUAGAAGAUUAUUUCAUUGAAAUGAACAAAUAUCCAUAUCAUGUGAAUGAGCAAAUCUAA